GCACCGUUGCACCGCUUAAAGGUGUCCCCGAAGCCGGCGGCUCGCAGUCCGCUGGAAGGGCCGCUAGCGCGCGAGCAGUCGCGCCCGAGGUCAGUGAGGAGCGCAGCGCAGCGGAGCCGCCGUCCGAUCCGGCACCAUGCUGCCGUGGUGGUACGUCAUCAUAGUGCUGCAGUUCUGGCCGAUGGACGCGCCGUCCUAUCUGUGGAACUACGACGAGCCGGAGCUGUGGCAGGAGACGUUCCCGCUGUGCGACUCGCCGCUGCAGUCGCCGAUCGCGCUGACACGGGACCGGAUCGCCUACUCGCGACCGCCCAAGCUGGUGCCCGGAGACGGUCUGGCCGAGGGUGAGGUCACGGCCAUCAACACGGGCCGGCGCAUCGAGCUGCGACUGGCGCCGGGCAACGCCAGCCAGCCGGCCAUCCAGCUGGUCUCCUACAAGAAGCCGCUGUUCGGCGUGUACACCCUAGAGACGAUCGACCUGCACUGGGGCGACGCCGGCGGCACCCACGGCUCCGAGCACGCCAUCAACAAGGAGUUCUUCGACGGCGAGGCUCAGUUCGUCUUCUACAACAACUUCUACGAGAGCAUGGCCAAGGCGCGGCGGCAUCCGGGCGGCAUCGCCAUCGUCAGCGUGCUGCUGAGCGGGUCCUCCGCGGCGGCGGGAGAGGCCGCGUUCCCCUCUCUCGGGCUGGAGCAGCAGCUGGACGCACUGGCGGCGCGCGGCAGCGAGGUCACCUUCGCUGCCGACCUGACGCCCGUGCACGGCCUGCUCAGCAAGGCGCUGACUCGCGUGCUGGCCUACUACGGCAGCCUGACCAGCCCGCCGUGCAACCCGGUGGCCACGUGGCUCGUGUCGGCCGAGCCGGUGGACGUCAGCACCCACCUGCUCUACGACCUCGCCACCAAGGUGUACGAGGACAGGCAGAAGCAGAAGCGGCUGGUGAACAACUGGCGGCCUCUGCAGGACCGCAGCGGCCGACUCGUCACGCAGCUGGAGAACACCAAACCCUGAGCGGCGACCGCCGCCGCCCCUUCCUCUGGGGCACCGGCGACUGACGCCUCCGGCCCGACGAAACUCGGACCUGACACUGCCGAGACUCGAACCCUGGUCCGCCGCGACAUGUGCUCGGCUUUGUCAACAGUCGGUUUUCAUUUGUUUGCGCCCUGAGAUGACCCCACAAAUAACGGGCAGUCGCAGAUACAGGGUGCAAAAAUCUGAAAGCUCCUGGGCCCGAGGGCUAGGCACGAAAGCAAUAAUAGCAGAUGCCAUUUAGACAUGCUGCAAUGGCCAAUUCGUAUCGAGACAUUAUCCGGCGUUAAGCAAUGAAUUGAUAUGAAUUGAAUUGAUAGGGACGCUGCUAGAUGUUAUUUGAAGGCACACUGAUAUGUAGACAUACAAAGAUAAGGGAUGGGUGUGUCGGAAUGAAAAUCUGCUCGAUAACAGUGUGAAGUAUCCGACGCGCACGAGACGUCAGUCGCUGCAGGAGGGUGUUGUCGUUGUAUACCUAUAUGAUGAUAAAAGACGAAAAAUAUAUCAUAAUAAUGACA